GUGAGGGAGACAUAUCACAGGAUGGGAUGGAGGGAACGUAGAUGGGUAGUCGAGGAGACCUGAUGGAUACACUGUACCAUCUAGAAGGCUCAGUUUCCUCCCUUUUCUGCAAUCUAAUUUCCGGCUGGGGCGAAGCGUUGCGCGCGAAACCCUUGCCUCUUUCUUCACCACCAUGUACCUCCGUCGUCGGCUUCCUCUUAGCUCCGUCUCCGCCUCCGCCAAGACUCACAUCCCCGCCCCAGCCGCCCCCGUGCAGGCCUCCGACGCCCUCCCUCUCCCGAUCCGCUAUACCAACCUCCUUUUCACCGCUCUCUUCGCCGCCUCCCUCGUCUUCCUUAUGCGCCGGUGGCGCGAGGAGCUCCGCCUCUCUUCCCCGCUCCACGGCGUUGGCCUCGCCGAGAUCGUCGCCAUCGUCGGUCUCGUCGCGUCCCUCAUCUACCUCUUCAGCUUCUUUGGCAUCGCUUUCGUCCAGUCCAUCGUAUCCUCGAACGACGAGGAGGACGAUUUCCUCCUCUCUAACUCCGCGGAGGCCCCUUCAUCCCCAGUUCCUGUGCCUUGCACGCUCCUCUGCUCCGCCUCCUCCCUUGAGGAAAUGCCGGAUCCCAACCCUGACGACGAGGAGCUCAUUUCCUCCGUCAUCACGGGAAAGACACCAUCCUACGUUCUUGAGACCAAGCUGGGCGAUUGUCGGAGAGCAGCAGGGAUCAGGCGAGAGGCGCUUCGGCGGACUACCGGGAAGGACCUUGAGGGGCUUCCUCUUGACGGAUUCGAUUACGGGUCCAUAUUCGGACAGUGCUGCGAGCUCCCUGUAGGGUACGUGCAGCUUCCGGUGGGGAUCGCCGGGCCACUGGUGCUGGAUGGGACGAGGUACUAUGUGCCCAUGGCCACCACCGAGGGGUGCCUAGUGGCGAGCACCAACAGGGGUUGUAAGGCCAUCGCAGAGUCUGGAGGAGCUACCGGAAUCGUGCUGAGGGAUGGUAUGACGCGAGCUCCAAUAGUGAGGCUACCGUCGGCCAGCCGUGCUGCAGAGCUCAAAGCCUUUUUGGAGGCGCCCAACAAUUUCGAAACGAUAUCCCUCGUGUUUAACAAAUCAAGCAGAUUUGCCAAGCUUCAGGAUAUCAAAUGUGCACUGGCUGGGAGGAACCUUUAUAUGAGAUUCAGUUGCAGCACAGGAGAUGCCAUGGGUAUGAAUAUGGUCUCCAAGGGCAUGCAAAAUGUGUUGGACUAUCUUCUUGGAGACUUCCCAGGAAUGGAAGUAAUUGCAAUUUCCGGUAAUUACUGCUCGGACAAGAAACCAGCUGCUGUAAAUUGGAUCGAAGGCCGGGGUAAAUCUGUGGUUUGUGAGGCAAUUAUCAAAGAGGAGGUGGUAAAGAAGGUUCUUAAGACCAAUGUACCAGCGUUGGUUGAACUUAACAUGAUUAAGAACCUUGCUGGGUCUGCAGUUGCUGGAGCUCUUGGAGGGUUUAACGCUCAUGCCAGCAAUAUUGUCUCUGCUGUAUUCAUUGCCACUGGCCAAGAUCCUGCUCAAAAUAUUGAGAGUUCACACUGCAUCACCAUGAUGGAAGCUGUGAAUGAUGGAAAGGAUCUCCAUGUAUCCGUGACUAUGCCAUCCAUUGAGGUGGGCACUGUGGGUGGUGGGACUCAGCUGGCUUCUCAAGCUGCUUGUUUGGACCUUCUGUGCGUGAAGGGUGCAAGCCUGGAGACCCCUGGGGCCAAUGCCAGGCUGCUGGCCACCAUUGUGGCUGGUGCUGUUCUAGCUGGAGAACUGUCUCUUCUCUCUGCUCUCGCGGCAGGUCAACUCGUAAGGAGCCACAUGAAAUACAACCGAUCCAGCAAAGAGCUCAUGAAAGUUGCCCUCUAACAUAAUCCCAUGUUCAAUUGUCACAAAUCUUCCCAUUCCCCAAGUGAAGGACAAAAGCUUCAAGCAGAGUUGGCCAAAGAACAUGUGACCGAUUGAAGCUAGAGGAGGCGAAGUGAGGACCAGCAAAAGUUACCUAAAUUUAUCUUCUGCAAGUUUAUCCUCGUUAUGUAGUGACAUAAUUGUGAUGUGAGUCAUGUUGACAUUUUUAGCAUCUAUAUGUAGUUAGUACAAUCUAAAAUCGGUACAGUUUGCUGUUUUUGAGUUUCAUCA